AUGGUGUUGCAUGUAACGCUUCUCGGGAAGUCUACCCGUUCCCCACUUACCCGGCACGACCUGUUGACAAAGCUGCGGCGUAGUUCUCCCCGCGGCUAUCAUGCCACUCGCUCCUAUCACUGGACCGAAGACAGCCUUUUCACCGGCCUCUCCCCAGUACCGCUUUCUGUUUUCAACGCGAGUGGAUGUUGCUACUACGCGCUUAAGGCCGACUUGUCCUGCGGAGGUAAUCCUGAGGAUGUUCGGGUGGCAGUAAUGCUUCUGAUGGACCUCACAGCCGCAGUGGAGAACCUGAUUGCCCUCGCCACAGAAAAGGAUGACGCAGCUUCACAUGAAGCGGAGGAAGACAAUGUGCUGCUCAUUGAACUUGCGGAUGUGUGGGAGCAGUCGGAGGAGGUUCGCCGUGCCUACCUGGAACGCUGGGGAGUGGAGGAACACAAUUACCAUCAGACAAUGGUACGGCGGGUCAUGCUGGCGGCGGGCGACGUCUACGUUCUUCCGCUUUCACUGCAGCCCACCCUCCUUACACAGGGUCAGGAGCUAGAGCCGCAGUUACAGUUUCUUGCACUCGAUGCAGGAGGGCGACGGCGGUGUCGUGAGGAGGCGGCAACAGAAGCCUUGCAUCUCUGGGCCAGUGAAGUGGAGCGGGUCAUGCGAGAGGAAUCGUGUCACCUUGCGAUUGCGGCGGUUCCUGCUUCUGUGGCAGAACUUGUGGAUGCACACCCGCAGCUCGUACGAGCGGCACUGCUUCAUCACACCAUUCAACAGCCAUUCUCAUGUCUUGCAGUUGAGGCGCAGUCAUCGCCCACUCGAUCGGAAGAAAUUCUUUACGACGUCAUACAAGAGUACCGCGUAUUGGUGCGAAACAAGCACUACGUGCGGAUGCCUCUUAGCAUGUCGCGUUACUCCUUUGCUCAUUUGUUUUGUGCAAGCCUUCCCCGUAUUCUCGUGGAAAAGCCAUUGUCACAAACGCAGACUUUGUCAAGCUCAUUCUCGCACGCGGGAGGGAGUAGCGAGGAGGUGGAGGCCGAUGAAAGAGAACUUUUGCUUGGGCUGCAGCUUACGGUUGCGCUUCACCGGCUUCGUUGUGAGGUUAACGGACAGCACGCUGUCAUCAUUGAGCAAUUCCUGAAGGAUCUGCAGUGUAGCAAUGAGCUGAGGGCUACUAGGAGUGGCGGUGAGGACAGUAGUGUGUCGUUCCAGCGUCGCCUUGAUUAUAUACGGCGAAAAGUUAUGCCUGUGGCCAGUUUGCGCGGUGACUCCGUCGAGUGGAUGCGCUCAUAUGCCCAGGAAGCGGCGAUGGCCUACAACGUGACGGAGAAGGGGUUCGCCCGCCUCGAGGAGGCCAUGCUGGGCAACCGCGAAAGCGACACCGUCUCCGAGAGCAGUGACGCUGCUGAGGAUAGUGACGGUGCGCUCUUUAAUUCGGAUGACGAGGUCGCCGCUGGCGUCUCGCGGCAGUUGGAGGAGGUGGAUUCCUUCUUGGAGGCCAGGAUGCGCCAGGCGGUGCUCGGCGGAUGCGACGUUGAGGAAGCGGCACUGGACAGAGUGGCCGAUAAUGCUCUCUUCCUUGAAACGGUGCAGAUGCUCGCACAGGGCGAGGUCGCCCUGAAAUAG